GAAACAAUUUCUAAAGUUUGAAUUUGAAAGAAGACGCUGUUAGAGCUGAGUUAUUAAAAGUUCCUGUUCGGUUCUGACUGCGGUGCUCCCUCAGGUUCUGGACCCUCAGUAUGGGAUGUAUGUGUGGCCCUCCGCCGUGGUUCUGGCCCAGUACCUGUGGUUCCACCGAGACCAGCUGAGAGGCCGGGCGGUGCUGGAGCUCGGCGCCGGUGUGGGUCUCCCCGGCGUGCUGGCGGCCCGCUGCGGCGCCCGCGUGUCGCUGUCGGACGGAUCGGACCGGCCGCGCUGCCUGGAGAACGGCCGGCGGAGCUGCGCCGCCAACGGGCUGCGGGACGUGGGCGUGCUGGGCCUCAGCUGGGGGGACGUGACCCCGGAGCUGCUGCUGCUGCCCCCACAGGACGUCGUCCUCGGCUCGGACGUCUUCUACGACCCCGAGGGUCGGUGUGAGAGUCGGAGAUGAAAGCUCGCUCCUCCUUGUCGUGUGGCUGAGCUGCUGCUUCUGCUUCCAGAUUUUGAAGAUGUUCUGGUGACGUUUGUCUGCCUGCUGAGGAAAAACCCGGAGGCUCAGUUCUGGACGACGUACCAAGUGAGGAGGUACG